ACCCCGCCGGGCCCAGUCCCGCUUCCCCGUGCCCUGACCCUGCCCUUCACCACGCAGGACACCAAGGCGCUGGCACCGGCUCUCGCCGGCGGACGACGAGCUGUACCAGCGGACGCACAUCUCUCUGCUGCAGCGCGAGCUCCCGCACGCCAUGUAUAUCGAAAGCUACAGCAGCCGCGGCUUCACGGUCAGCGGAAGCCGUGUGCUGGGGCCGUGCGCCCUGCUCCCGAACUCCGUGCUGCAGUGGAACGUGGGAUCCUACCGGGACAUCACUGAAGAGAGCUUCUCCCUCUUCUGGAUGCUGGAGCCCAGAAUAGAGAUCGUUGUGGUGGGCACCGGAAACAGGACCGAGAGGCUGCAUCCCCCGGUACUGCAGGCUAUGAGGCAGCGGGGUAUUGCCAUGGAAGUGCAGGAUACGCCCAAUGCCUGUGCUACCUUCAACUUCCUGUGUCAUGAACGCCGAGUGGCGGGAGCUGCUCUCAUCCCCCCACCUGGAGAAAUUUCACUGGCUUAUCCGGCCCAAGCUCCAGAAUGAACUGCCAGGAACCUAUCCCCUAUCCCUUGUCAAUGAGGGCACUGGCAGUGGCAGAGCCUACACUGACCUCUUCCCCUUUAGCACUUUGUAACAAUGUCCUGCUUGCCAGGAUAAUGUAUACAUCUCAUUUUUCAUCAGGUGUGUUGUUGGCCAUGGGCUGUUGAAUCAGUGGGCUUUAGUGGUGGUGAGGUGGUGGUAAGAAAUCAAAUCACAGUUCCACAGCUUGCUCACAUGCAGAUUUGAGGGCACUUCAGUGGCUUUCCCCAUUAGCCAUUAGAGUAUAUAUUCAUGUCUUAACCCAGCAGAUCCCAGUCCCAUUGACUGUCCAGGGUAGAACUCUGAACCAGAACUACCUCCUUCCAGGUUCAUGGGGCACACCUUGGGAACCGGGGUGCUGUAUAUUUGUAGACUUCAAAGAUAAGCAUCCCUUUUAUUUUCAAACUUUUAUUGAAAAACCAAGGAGGUAUGAUGGGUUCCUUUUCAGAAAAGCCGCUUCUCAUACCUGUAGGCAGAGACCACCUAAUGAGUUCAACACAAGAAGAAGGUGGGACAAGGCAUGGCAGGAGCUAGGACAACAUCACUUACGAGUGAAGGCUGUGGACACCACCUUCCACCUGGGCCGAAGACGUUCUCUUCUCAAACUUAAGCUCCCCAGAGUACAUCAUGGCUCUGAAGAGGGGCAGGUGUCAGUCACAGGCAGUAAAUAGCUGACCCUAGAACGACUAGCCACUACCCAUAUCUCAGCCACCGCAGCUCACCGGACUUGGGUCAAGCUCUUGGCACCAAUGUCCUGGCAGGAGUGCUGGAUGCCAGCAAUCAAGUAAGGAACAAACUUGUGGAUGGACCCUUUGUCUUGCACAGCUCCUGAAACCCCUUGGGCUACUUUGAUUUUGUCAGCUUCACUGUAGGAAGAUGCAAACAGUGGGCAAAGUCAUAGCAACAAUGAGCCCUAGCAGUGCAGGGUAAGGGUGGGGCGAUUGGUCACCUGAAAUAGCGGUUCUGGCUGCUGAGAUGCUUGUCCAUGGCAUCAAGAGAACCCAUGCCACGAUAUUUCUUUAGCCGGAUCCCAUCAGAGAAGAAGUAUUCCCCAGGGGCUUCAGUGGUGGCAGCCAGGAGGGAGCCCAUCAUGACUAUGGGCAGAAAAAAGUGCACAGGGCAGUCUGAACAGCAUGGGGAAGGAGUCACACCAGGCUCCAGGGUACUGGACCUCACCUGUGGAUGCCCCCAGGGCCAAAGCUUUGGCAAUAUGGCCCACGUUUUGGAUUCCUCCAUCAGCGAUGACAGGAACGCCAAAGCGCCGUGCAUACUCUGACACCUUGUACACUGCUGUUGCUUGCGGCCUUCCACAGGCUAACACUGUUGAUAAACAGAAGCAUGGGGAUAGUGGGGACAGGCAACAAGCCAGCCUCAGUACCCAAGAGCUCUUGGCUACAUGUGUGCCAGGAUGACAGCCUGACUGAUGAAGGUGUCUGGAUGGCUGCUGCCCCAUCUGGUGUGAACUGUAUACACAGCUGUGCUGGCCUUACCCCUGGCAUGUGCAUGUGUGCAGGGCACAGGGCAGCCUCAGGCACAUGCAGUCCCAGCUGGUAGCAAGAUGGGACAGGAGUCUCCAUGCAGUUAGUACCUAGAGGCACCAAGUCAGGCCCAACCCUUCUCCCCUGCACAGUGGGCAGCUCAGGCAAGAUCAGGGCAAUGGUAAUGUGGAAGGGAGAGCAGGCUCCAGAGUAGGUCCUCGCGCCAUGCCUAUCUUAUAAGAUACGAAGCCUAGGUCCUGCUCUGAGCAACCCAGGAAGAGGGAGCUGUGAUCCCAAGCAGCCCUAAACCAUGGUCUGUACAUCUGUUUGCCCUGCCCACCCAUCAGCACCACAAACCCUGAGAGCUACAGCUACAGUCAACCAAGCAGCCGGGCAGUGGGCAGCUGGGCCGGGCCAGACUUACUAUAGCAGCCCGUGACAGUAGAAGGGCAUUUGGGGCUGUGGGACUUUAUGUCUGGAGGGAUCUUGGGAGCCACUAAAUAAAACAAACAGACCAGAGUUUAGAGAGGGCGCAGAGCAGGAGCAAGGAGGCCAGGCUAGGCAGGGAAGUAGGUGAGGGAUGACAAGAACUCUUCUUGCUUCCAGCCAUAUCACCCAUCCAAGAGGCUGUUUGGCCCCAGAGUUGCCCAUCUUGGAAAACUCAGUGUAGUUCCCAUAAGAGUGCUUGGCCCCAGGGCAUAUGGGACCUGAAGCCACAGUCUCUAGGCCCUACUGGUGCAUAUUCUCACCUUCCUGGGUGAUGCAGAUGGAGCCGCUUCCCAUGCCCACCCGCAGAGCAUCUACACCUGCGUCGAUGAGGUUCUUGGCCUGAGCUGCGGUGACCACUACAGUGAAGGAAGAAAAAGAUACGUGAGGAUCCAGAAAGGUCAUUCCAUAGAAUCUACCCCCAAGCCCAAUGUGGAAAGGAAGUCCAGAGACCAAGCAACUACAGCACCUUAAUACACUUUGACGCUCAGCAUCCAAUUUCUGAUCAUACUCACCACCUGGUCUGCAGUGAAGUCGAUGUAUCCAGGGAGAAUGAGGAAAUCGCUGCAGCAGAGGAGAAUAAAUUGGGAGUAGAACUCUCAGGUUUCUGGCACCCUGAGACUCCAACUCCAUGCUGUAAGGCCUCUGAGUAGUGAAUUGCACAGAACCCAUGGGUCACAGGCAAUCCAGCACAGGGUGGAGAUGAAGACGGGGUCUUUUCUGCCACUGAACUGUCAUCAGUGUUCCUCGCGAACUGACAAUUCCACGAUCCAAAUAACGGAGUCUCAAGCCAGAAAUCCUGAGUACUGCCGAGAUGGCUCUCCCAACCCCCACGCCCGGGAAAGAUGCUAGGUUUAUGUCUGAACAUGAAGAAAACAUGGUUCCUCUGUGGUCAGUGAUGUGCACCAGUCCAGAGUGGCAGCCAGCUGGGAAGACUCCCUGGAGGUCGGUCCAUCAUUAGUUCCAUCAUGAGGAAGGGAAGGGGCCACAUUUUUCCUAUCAGUCCAAGUCCUUUCCUCCGGCCCAGAUAAAAAAGUCAGCCAGCAACUUUCUAGGACAUCUGGCUCUCAGGAAACCUCAAGCCCCCAUAGGCCAAGGAGUCUGCUGCAGGUCUAUGAAGAUGCAAAGGGGGCAAAGUUUUCUUUUACAUUUUAAACAGAAGUAGCCUGAAAGGCUUUAUAACUACACCAAUAAAAAAAGAAAAAAAAAA